AUGCUGCACGUUUCAAUCAAGAGGUCUGCUAUCAUCAUCCAGUGUGCGUGCCGUCGGUAUCUUGCACAGAAGGAAAGGACCAAACGUCUGAAGGAGCAGGAGAACUAUGAGGAAUUAAUGGAGCAGCUUGAGAGAGAGGCUUUCGUUGCUCUGGUGAAGAGAGAGCAGGAGGCAGCAGCGAAGGAACGUGAAAAAGAAGAGAAGGAACGAAAGCAGAGACAGGAGGAGCAAAAACGCAGGACCCAGAUGUUGGAAGCGGCCUUUGAUGGAGAUGUGGAUGAGAUGAAGGCAUUGUUAAAGGAGGUUUCUGAGCUGGACUCCAAAACUGGAGUAGGAGACGAUGAAAUGGGGAAAGUGAUUCGUCAACGCCACCAGUUAGCACUGACUGACUGUACCGACGUCCACGGCAAUACACCUCUGUCAGAGGCCUCUGGCGGGGGUCAUCCUGAGGCCAUUAAGUUCUUGAUUGAGAAAGGAGCUAAUCCAAACUCAAAGGGUGCUUAUGGAAGAACCCCACUGUACAGAGCAGCCUUUGGAGGACACCUGGCAGCACUUGAAACUCUGUUACAGUGCGGAGGGGACCCUCGCAUCUAUGCAGAGGACGGCAUCACACCUGAGGAGAUAGCAUCCACAGAUGCUGUCAAAAAGAUCCUUCACGAAUGGGACAUCAGCACCACCGUGACCCUUGGGGAAAAGAUCGAAACAGAGAGGCAGCGGAUAUCAGCGGCUGAAAAGAAACUGACACUGGAGGAAACCAACAGGAUUCAGAAUCAGGUUUCAGAACUCACAAAGGAACUGGCCCAAUAUCAGCAUGAGCUGCAGAAAGCCUACUGUGAGUGUAACAAACGUAUCAACGAACAUGACAAGUGUGUGCAUAAAAACAUGAGUAAAACAGACAUCACGCUGCAGGCCAUUCAUGAUGCAGAGGAGCUGUUGGCAGCAAAGAAAGUUGCAGUAGCAGAGGCAGAAGAUAAACUCUCCCUGGCCAAACUGGAGCUCAGAGAGAAACUGCAAAUAGGCAAGACUGGUAGAAUCAAGGGAACCCUGUGCCACAUCCGUGAGCUGGAUGAUGUGCUCAUGAAGGACGUUGGCGACAAGAUCAAGCAGGAUGGCAGGUGGCCGCUCAUCAUUGACCGAUCUGGCCAAGCCAGCACCUUCCUGCGGUACCGUGACACCAAUUUUUACAAUGCUCUCAAUCCUGGUCACAUGCAGCCUGAGGUUCUUCGACUCGGACUCCUUGGAGCUAUAAGGUUUGGGAAGAUGCUUGUGAUUGACAUGAUGGAGGUGAAUAUGUUUCAAGCAGUCAGCAGGAUACUUGAUCAGAUUGAGGGAGGGCUGAUGGAAAAGUUGCUGAAUAAGGAAUUACUCCUGAAGGACAGGUUCCUGUCAUUGAUUCGACCUGGAGAUGGGCCGGAAUAUUCCCGCAAUGAAUUCUCUCCAAUAAGAACGGAGAAAUUCAAACUGGUCUUGAUAAGCAAACUGCAGAAUCUUCCAGAAGAACUGCUCAACACCUUCUACCCAAUUCAAAUCAUCAUCAAGUAA